CUUUCUAUUCUAUUUGCUGUUCAAACUAGUUAAAUGGAUAAGUGCUGUAAAACGGUAAACAAAUAUAAAUACAAAUACAAAUAGAUACGUACGUGAGCGUGUGUGUGUGUGUACUUGUGAGUAUGCCUGUGUGCGUGUCCGUGUGUGUUAGCCUUGUGCCAACAAACCCUAAUGCCCAAAUACUCUGCUAACUCCAAAGAGAGUUGAGUUCAAAUAGAUUUGCUGUAUUAAAAUCACAAAUACCAAAAAUAAAAAAAAAUAAAACAAUUUUAAAGGCAAAUUUACACAGCUCUAGAGUGGACACGAGCUGGUAGCACUAGAGUGGGCCUUAGCUGGCAGCAUCAAAUGUGCACUCGGAGCCAUCCCCAUACCAACUAUGAGCAGUGGAAAUUUGAAGAAUGCUGCGGGUAAUAUUUUAUAAUCUGCUCAUAACGCACAUUGCGCUGCUGUUGCUACCCAGCAAUGUGGCUGAAAUGUUGGCUUCGCGCAACGGGAGCGAGCACUUGCCAACGCCUCCGAUUCAAAUUCUGUCCACAGCCAAGCCAAGUCUGGGAAUAUUCGCCAUUCGGCCAGAAGCCCCAACUAUGCAAACAAUUUCCCUCAAUACAGCAACAGCCAGCAACAACAACAACAACAACAACAUCCACAUCAAUGGCAACAAAAUAUUCUCCAAUGGGACAGAGUUUGGAUCGGGCCCAGACAAAAGCAGAAAUAAACUAAUCCGAAAUUCGGGCAAACACGAAAUCACGGAGCUGUCCGUGAAUGUGACGCUGUACAUGCAGAAAAUCCUCCAGCUGCAAGUGCACUGGCAGGACAACCUGCCCAAUGGCACCACAUACAAUGUGCUGGUCAGUGCCGUGAACAGCACUCGCUGCCCGGAGGCGCCUUGCAGCGAAUACUCCAUAAAGCAGAAGCCCAGCAAGUACAUCUAUCUGCCCCAGAGUCCCAAUCCGAGUGUCGAGUCGCCCGAUUGCAAGUAUAUGUUUGACUGCGAGUACAAUGUGACUGUGGAGACAUCAAAUCUAUACGUGCGUCGCUCCAUGCCCGUGCACAUACCACACUGUGUAGGCGGCAAAUGCUACUGCCCGCCGGCGUCCUUGCUACCAAAAGUGCAUGCCACGGCCAACAUGCAGGCCAACGACACUAUCAACAUCGCUUUCAUCUUACAGGCCAGCGAGCAGCUGCGCAAGGAGCAGAAGGAUCGUCUGCACGAGGCGCUGCAGUCCUACAAAAUGCAACUAAAAAUCAAUGAGGAGAGCAAUCCAUCGCUGUCCUGGGGCGGUGGUCUGAAGAAUCUGUUCAAUCGGAUUUACAACAUAAGUGAAUUGCACUUCCGUCCCACUGCGAGGGGCAUCGAUGGCAGAAUGAUGCUCAACCUGGGCACGCAACUGAAAGAGAAGACUCCCCUCAAUGUGCAGGCGACGCUGAUAGAUCCCGCUGGCUGCGAGGGUGAAUAUAGCACAAGCAAAUUUCCGGUGCCCGCCAAUCCUCUCAAGCUGAACAGCGAUGUUCAUCUGAGUAACCCGCUCAUUCUACUGACCACCUUGGCUAUUGUCGUCUUGUGCGCGGGCCUGUUGACCCUUCUCCUGCUCCGUCGCCGAGCUCGGGCCAAGGAUCAGCUGCACAAGAAUCAGAUAUAUAUGCAAUCGUUCGCAGUGUCUCCCGUCGCAAUGGAGGACAACAUCAACUACGUGGACAAAUACAUUGAGCAAUCGCAGGCUUUGGGGCUCGCCGACAUAUUCGAGGUGCCGCACUCGGCCAUUCACAUUGGCCGAGUCCUGGGCGAAGGCGCCUUUGGGCGCGUGCACGAGGCGACAGCCAGCAAUUUGCGGCGCAUGCGGGGCAAGACGCAGGUUGCUGUCAAACAGCUGAAGGCCAAUCCGUCGGCAGACGAGGAAGCCGAAUUCAUCUCUGAAAUUAAUAUGCUUAAGGGCGUCGGCACGCACCACAACGUGGUUAGCUUCCUGGGCUGCUGCACCAUACGGCGGCCCUACCUGAUGAUCAUGGAGUUUGUGGGUCGUGGCAAUCUGCUGAGCUACUUGCGUAUGGCUCGCCAGGAGCUGGGCCACCCAAGGGUACGCAAUGCGAACCACUCAAGUGGCAGACAGGCCAAAGGCAACUCGGCAGGCGCCUCGGCGGCGCAGCUGCCGAGUAUUAAUUACAUCGAACUCAAGGCCAGCAAUCAGUGCAGCGAAUUGGAGUCCUCCUCCAGCUUCUUCGGCUCGCCCUACUCCAAUUCCCAGCCAGCAAUGUCAAACGGUGUCGGACACAGACAGCCAAAGCCCUCCUUUGCGGAAACUACUUACACCAUUGUGGAGGAGGAGGAUUCAUUCGAGUACAUACUSGACAACAAGGAAUUGCACAAUUUCGCACUGCAAAUUGCAAAUGGCAUGCGAUUCCUGGAACAGCAAGAGAUAACACAUCGCGAUCUGGCAGCGCGCAACGUGCUCAUCGACAACAACAAGACACUGAAAAUUUCAGAUUUUGGCCUCUCCAGGCAUGGCAUCUACACCAAUACCAAAACACGAAGGUUGCCGUUGCGCUGGCUCUCGAUUGAGGCCAUCAGAGACAACGUAUACUCUAGCAAGAGCGACGUUUGGGCUUAUGGCGUGGUCCUCUGGGAGAUCGGCACCUUGGGCGCCUCACCGUAUCCCACGAUCAGCAACAGCGAGUUGAUACCCUUUCUCUUGGCGGGCAAUCGGCUGGAGCGCCCCGAGAUAUGUACGCCCCAGGUGUACACGAUAAUGCUGCAGUGCUGGCUGGAAGACCCGGAGGAACGACCCACCUUCGACGCCCUGUACAACGUAUUAAGCCCGCAGACCACCUACGUGAACAUAAACAGUCUGAGCGACGAUUACGUCUUUCCACCGAUUAGGGAGUAAAUUAGUAGAAAUGCAAUUCUUUUUAGUAUAAUUGUUGUUUAAGCUACAUCUUAAUGUUAUUUUAACUUUCCCAUUCCGAAUGCUGUUUUAAAGCAUUAUUU